CCACGUCAGCCACGUGCAGUCUCUGUUGUCAUGAUGAAUGCAUGGAUAUUGGCCACUUUGUUGGGAGCCUUGCGCAGAGCAGGUGGACUGGCGAUGCCUCCGGUGACCUCAGUGCAGCUCGUUGCCUUCGCAGGUGACCAGGUGAACUACGACGAGUCGGCCCCGCACUUCCGCUGGUGUGGCCACGUGGGUCUCCGCUUUCAGGAGAUGGAGGGCGCUUUGUUCGGCUUUACCCCAGACACCGAGCUGGUCCACGAUACGCAUGCGCUCAUCACGACCUUGCUGGAGGGCAAUCGCUUCCAGGGGAGAGUGGGAGAUGACUUGGGAGAGUUCGAGGAUGCCGCGCUAUCUCCUUAUGGGCAAGUCUUUGUAUUCUGGAACAUUCCUGAGGAUAGGUGCCAUGAAAAGGACUGCGGCUUGUCACAGGUGCAGUCUGAUGUGGUUAGCUCGGUGAAGUUUUAUGCCUUUCCACCUGAAGCCCCACGGAAGUACAGAGGAUCCUCGUACUCCGCCUGUGAUGCAUCUUGGGGCGAGAGCUGCUUUAAUUGCGCGACGUAUCCCAAAUCUUUAGGGCUUCCGAUUCCUGACGACACUGGGAUGCUGGAAGUUUAUCUGCAGAAGCUGGCUGAAGAGCCCGGCGCAGUUUGCAGGUGCUACAAGUCGGGCAAGUGGCUUCACAGCUCGAAGUGCAAAGAUAGCCCGAGCUUCGCAGCCCUGGAGGCUUGCAGCUUUGAGCAGCCAGAGCCGCUGGACCUCUGAGAAGCCUUGUACAGCUCCGGCACAAGGAUGCCAAAUGCCAAGCUGUGUACAGCAUUUAAGAAAGUCUUAGGCGCUUGCCAAACUUGGGCGGAUGCUGAGCUGGAAUGUUGCGGGAAGACAAGCUUGGAC